AUGGCCAGGUCGGACGCACACCUCAUCCGCUCCCAGCAAGCAGCAGCCUCAGGCUCAGCCCAACCACCCCCACCAGCCCAGGAAACCACCAGCACCAAUACCGAGGAACUCCAGCAGACCAUCGACGCCCUCCUCUCUCAGCAAGGUGAUAAAAAAACCAAGGGUGAUUUGAUUUAA